CACUCCUUUCCGCACUAAAGCAAUGGAAAAUUCAUGUUACUAAAGGACCCACUUUACCAAUUCCCCCAUUCUCUUCUUCCUUCCCAUUUUCCACACCAAAACAAGUCAAAAAUUGAGACCUCAUUUAGUCAUUUCCCCCCACCUCAACCGGCGCAAGUUAGAACAAAAACCUUCCAAAAGUUCUAUCUCAACCCCCACAAAUUCCUUUCCCACCCUAAAGAAAACCAAUUUUACCUUCAAAACUUUCAAUAUUUCUGUCCUAAACUCACAAAAAAAUGGCACACAACCCCACCAACAGGCGCAAGUUAGCAGCAACUCCAGACCCACCUCCUAUCUCACAAACCACCGGAAAAAAACACCCAAAAACUUCAACUUCCACCAUUUACAACCUCACUAAUCACUUCUCAAGGUUACAUCCUAACCCAACAAAACCCUUAAAUACCCAUAACCCACUUCCCCAAAAACACUUAGAUACCCUUUUACAAGCUAAAUCACUCUCAAAAUCAGUUAAUUUAGAGCCCUCAAAACAUAGUUUUGGUCAAAAUUUUGGGAAACAAGGGAAAAGGGUAGUCUUGGAAAGUGGGAACAAGAACAAAUCUUUGGUGGGUGUUGUUGAAGAGGUAGAAUCUAAGAAAGAAUUGAAGAAAGUAGAAAAAGGAGAAUCUAAGAAAGACAAAUUAAUGGUGGUAAAACCAACAUUAGUAGGAAAUGGGAUUGGAAAGAGGAGAUCAUUUUGUGAUGCAAAAGUGGAAUUGGCUAAUUUCUUGAUUACAAAUUGUGCAAAAGUGGUUUCUGCAGAUAUGCCUCCAUUUAUGCAGAUACAUUCUGUUGGUUUUGCUAGAAAGAUUAAAGAUAGUCUUGAGAAAUUUACUUCCAAAAAUCUUGCAUUGUCACUUAAAAAGGAACUUGAUGGAGUUUAUGGACCUGCUUGGCAUUGUAUUGUAGGGACCAGUUUUGGGUCAUUUGUAACUCACUCUGUUGGGGGAUUUAUGUAUUUUUCGUUGGAUCAGAAGUUGUAUGUCUUAAUAUUUAAAACAACUGUACAAAAGUUGAUUGAAAGCUAGAUUAUGAGAUGCUUUCAUGUUGUUGAUGAUGCAGAAAAAAACCACUUUACAGGGUGAUAUAAGUUAACAAAUUUUUGUAGUUUAUACUAAAGUUUGUCCGUUUUGUAUCUUUGGGUUGGAUAGCUUGUACAUGCUUCUUGCUUCUUCAUAGAAGUAUAUAAUUACAAGUGUUGUGGCUAUAAGUUUCUUUAA